AUGGACCUUCAAAGGACAAAGGAAGCCCGUCGGGAUGCACCGGCCACACAAGAGGAGGGCACAGAGUUGCCCCUAAACACAUACAACGGGAACGGCCACUCCCAAGUUUCGCCCAAGAACGAUUCUCUAGGUCGCAACCGGGACACAAGGAAAGCAAACGAUUCCACAAAUGGAUCCCGUCGACCACAGAGAAGUGGAUUCUACACGCAAAGUGCUCACCAACCGUCACCGGCGCUGCCGCAAAACCAACCCAAAGUUGCGCAGGGCGGACUCUCACCGUCGUCGAAGACAAUUAGUAUUCCCCCAGCUUUGGGUCUUGGUCUUAGAGAGACGAGGCUAUUAAUAACAACAAACAAAUACCCUCCGGUCACCAAGGGCACACUGAGCGAGCUCGACCUACCGUGCAUCAUGGGCAAUAUCAACCUCCGCAUGGAUGCGAACUUCGAACGCGAUCUUCAUUUCAAACCUGAUCUCGAUGGCGAGAAGGGCAGGAAGAAACGGAGGGAUGCUGCCGACUAUUGGGAUGCAAUGGCUGCCGAAAUCAGUGUCUACGCAUUUUACGCAUCCUGCGGGAUCAAAAAUAAUCUUGAAAGUAGUUUUGAUGGCGAAGGAUCGAGAUUUGAACCCCGACUCCCGGCCAUGUUCGAAACCCUGCAGGACGUCCUCAAAACCCUGGUUCCAGAGCGCGAUCACCCAAAUAUCAUGCAGAAUCUAGAAGUGACUCUUCUAAUGCAGCAAAUUCAAAAGGGGGUUCUUGAUAUGGUAGGAAUCGCGAAAUGGCUUGCAGCGUUGCUCAAGACUCAUUGUGCCCCCAUGCGCGAUGAAUGGGCAGAUCGCAUGGUGAGGCACAUCUCCUCAGGCUCGCAGACGCAAAAUCCGAGAGAAAUUGCCUGCGGUCUUCAGACUUUAUUUGGCAUCUUGGAAGCCAUGAAGUUGGAUGUCGCCAACCAUCAGAUCCGUGCAUUCCGUGUUCUUUUGGUCGAAGAUACUAUACCUUUCCUCCAUGAAUAUUUCAAAAACAGGAUUGAAAGGGAAGAGUUCCAGGUAGCAUCCUCCCGGUCAUGGUAUCAGGGUAUCCGGGAACGCGAGCUGCGCACACUGGAGGACCCGGCACAAACCGACAGCUUUUGGCCGCUCUCGCUUCUCUUUCAAGGGCUGAGCGAAUUCCUGCUAGAUUUCCAUCCCCCUGUCGGGUUCCCGGAAACUUUCACCUUUGACGAGGAACGGCUAUGGCACCUACGAGUUAGACUACAGAACGCCAUCAACCUCGAGAUCUGCUGGAAUAUCUUCAAGUCCUAUAUCCAUUCUCAGAGACGAUACCUUCCCGCUCCCACACAGACCUGCGCCACCUUCCGGUCUCGCAUUGGGACUCUGAUGGAGGAAAACGAAGACUGUAUCCGCGGGUCUUCCCGGUGGUUGAAAAAUGUGCGGUGUAUCGCCUUGGACAUUGCGCGGUUUGCCUGCGGCGGCGGCGAUGCUACAGUACCGGACGAUGUCAUACGUCCGAUUGAGGCUUCAGUGGAAUGGCAUUUGUCCAAUGAAGAUGGUCUAUUCAAAAGGGUUCAAGACUCUCUCCGCGGAAAGCUAUUGGAAAUAACUCUCGCGACGGCCAAGCGAUACCUCAACAUGUCACCACUUGCGAUAUGUGAGGCGCAGCGAAACCCUUCCUAUAUCCCCUCUGACCAGCAUACUGUGGAGCGGAUCUCGACGCGACUGGCACACAUUGGCGUCCUCCAUUGGAGAGUUUGGGCGCCUUUACUCUACGUACGUGAGAGCGUUUCACCAACCAAUGGGUCGAUCUUUCCGUCUGAAAGUGAAAAAACGGGCCUGCCCACGUCUGGGACUAAACCUGUUCUCCUGGGUGCAUUGCAAGAAGGCUUGGCGCGGCACCAGCGGGAUCAUGAAUUAGUUCAGAUCCAUAAAGAGAAGAAGAGUGGGGACGGCAAUGGGAAUGGGAAUGGGCUGAGGAUUUUAAGCAUUGACAUGGGGAUCCGGAAUCUGGCCUUUGCGGUUUUGAGGGUGAGUGGAGGGUUUGAGCUUGGGCCUGGAUCUGGAUCUGGAUCUGGAUCUGGAGAUGGGAUGGGAUCUUUUCUUGAUAAAGAGAAGAGGGUGAAAGCUAGUGGCGCGUUGGAACUCAGCUUGGAUACCUGGCGGCGGGUAUCACUUCCUUUAGACCGCGGGUUCUCUGUUGAGGAGUUUGGGAGGUAUCUUGACAGCGCUGCGUCUUCGUCUGCAUCAGAUUCUAGCGAUAACGAUAACAUUGACACGCCAAUUGCCAAGGGCCGGGGGAAGGAACCUCAAAGCCAAUCGGAAGAUAAAGCAGAAAAGGCAAAGGGAAAAGAAAAAGAAAAAGAAUCUUUCUCCCUCCCCGUCUACGCUACGCAUGCACACAGCAUCGUCACCACCCUGCUUGAGCGGUACAACCCAACGCACAUCCUGAUCGAGCGCCAGCGGUUCCGGUCCGGGGGUGGUGCAGCGGUGCAGGAGUGGAGUUUGCGAGUUGGGGUUUUCGAGGGGAUGCUCUGGGCUGUGUUGCAUUCUCUACAGCAGCAAAAUGCAGCGGCGGCAGAUGGUCGUCAUGGUAUACUAGGGCCCAAUCCGAAGGUUAUUGCGAUUGAACCGAGCAGGGUGGGGAGGUUUUGGUUGCCUCCUUCAUCUGCAUCUAGCCCCGGCGAGAAGAAAAAUGGUGGGAAGAAAAGCACCAGCCGGGAAGGCAAAAAAGUCAAGAUCGACCUGGUUGGGGCCUGGCUUGAGAAUGGAGUUUUCUCAACCCAUGACGGCAAUGGAGUUCAAGGGUGGGUGGACGGGUAUAUGGCAAAGUGGAAAAGGAGUACCGGGUCGAAAUCGAAAUCAAAGUUGAUGGCAUCGGGCCCAAGUGCAUUGGACAUUGGCAAGUUGGAUGAUCUAGCUGAUUGUCUUGUACAGGGUGUGACUUGGUUGGAGUGGGAGAGGAUGAAGAGUAAAGUUGUCAAAAAUGGGCUUGGGGGCAUUGACGUUCCUCCCUGA